CACUAACUUAACUUCCGGUUUACACUUCCAAUAUGGCGACUUUUGUCUAGACCUCUUUGUUUGCAAACAUUGAAUGUUCGUCGACGAAAGAUAUAAAUAUCUGGAGUCAAUAUGACUGAACAACAGGGUCAGCCAUCACAGUCCCAGACCCCACAACAGUCUCAACCAAACCCACAACAGCAACAACCAACAGCAGUGUCACAACCAGCACCAACCAAUGUAACUACUCAGUCUCAGACAGUGCAACCACAGACUCCAGCUCAGAAUGUCCAGCAACCAACUCAACAACUACAACACCAGACUCUUCAGCAACAGGUUCAUCAAGUACAGCAAGUUCAACAGACAACACAACCAUCGCAGCAACCCCAGCCACAACAGCAGCAACAACAAGUACAACAUCAACAGAUACAGCCUCAACAAGUAACACAACAACAAACAAUACAAAAUAUACAACAGGUUCAACAAGGACAGAUGCAGGCUACCAGUUGUGGUACACCCAACUUGAUACAGGCAGGGAAUCAGUUUACACAAGCCACAACUAUGACUACUGGUCUCCGUACUCCUGGUAUCCCACAAGUUCAGGUUAUCCCCCAGUUACACAGCCCACCGUACCAGAUAUCACAGUUUCCUUACAAUCAACAACAGAUCAUGUUACAAAAUGCAAUGCAAGCUGCUAUGCAGGCCAGCGCUAUGAACAUGAAUAUGACACCACAACAACAGUUAAAUAUGAGUAUGGCUAUGGCCAUGCAAGGCAGACCAUCAUCUGUUAGUGGGAUGAACAGUCCAGGUUUAAUGUCACCUAGUCCUACUACACCUACACAGCAACUAAGUAUGAAUUUUGCCACAUCAGUACAGAAUCUAGUCACCAAUGCAGUAGCUCAGAAUGUUACAGCCAAGAGUCGUCAGACCACAGGCACAGUACAGGCCCAGGCCACUGCUCUAGUAGCAGGCAAACCAAUCAUGCCCACCCAGGCAAUGCCUGGUACUCCUAUUGUGUUGGGACAGUUAAGUGUUUUACCAAACCAGGUUGGAAAUAAUCAAGGUUUUGUAACUUCAAAAGGGCAGACGUUUUCUGUAGCUGUUGCUAACAAUGGACAACAGAUGUUGACAUCACAAGCAGGAGCUUUCAGACUUUCCCAGCCUCAAGUUGUUUCUAGUACUGGACAGAUCCUAAACUCUCAGCCUUUAUACACAAACCAGGCAAUGCUACAAGCCAUGGCCAAUCUGCAGCAGCAAGCUGCAUUCCCAUUGGCUACAAACCAGCAAUUGUUGUCAGGGACUGGCCAAUCACAAGCUAUCUUAUCUGGACAGCAGUUAUUUAUCAGAGCAGCCAAUCCCCUGCAGCCUCAGGGAAUCAUCACAGGCAUACAGAAUCUGGGACAACAAGUGAAGGAUGGUAAAACUGAUACCAUUCAAGGUCUGCAGGGAAAGGCAACAGUAGCUGGUGUUAUUGGCAAACAGGUUGUUGGUUCACAGGUUGGAAAGACAAUGAUAACACCAUUGAAUAAAACGGCUACUGCCAGAAUUAACCCUACAAUGGCUCAGCGACCAAGGAUUUCCAUCCCUAACUUACCCAAAAACCCAAACAGGGGCAGACCUAGAAAUCAGAGUAAAGGAGCACCUGUUGCUAUGGCAACAGCAUCCACUAAUACAGUGGCGUCUGCUCUGUCACAGGCCAGAGCUACUGGUGCUCUCAGUCAGUCUAAACCUGCUACCCCUGUUCAUCAAAUGAACCAGGCUAUUCAACUUAAAAGCCAGUCAGACUCAGAGGUGGAGACUUCAAAGAAAAAUAUGAAUGUUGAGUUGGGCAAGAAACUGAAUGAGGACAAGAAGGACAAGCCAGAUUCCAUUGAGAAAAAAGACAAUGUCGUUAUAGAGAAACAAAAGGCCAUAGUGAAACCUCACAUUCUUACCCAUGUAAUAGAGGGAUUUGUUAUACAGGAAGGACCAGAACCUUUCCCAGUAAGUGAGGUCUUAGUGGUCCGCGAGAAAGAGGGACCAAAAACUUUCCCAGUCCAAAGGUCAUCUUUGUUGACAGAAUUUAUUCCUCCCAAACCUGGACUGGUACCUAUGGAUACAGACAGUGGAUCUGCUGGAAUGUCCAGUAGUCCAGUCCAGUCACCAAAGAAAGUAGAACAUAAAGAGCCUCCUGCUGUAUUUGAGAAAUGUGAAUUCUGUGGAACAGAAGAACAGAUGGCUAAAUUCAGUAAGAGGUCCAAGAGGUUCUGUUCCAUGAUCUGUGCUAAACGUUACAAUGUCGCACAUAGAAUAUCCAUGCUGAAACAAAGAGGACGUGGAUGUGUUGGACGCCCACCUCUGGGAGGUAGAUAUAUGAGAAAAAGAGGGAAGCCAUUAAACCUUAGGAAAGGAUGGAGGCCUGGACGAGGUGGAAGACUAUCUUAUAAUACUAACUCAAAGACUCCAGGAGAGAUAGGAAUGAAAGAGAACCAGUUUGACCAGGAGGAGAUGUCAAAUUCAUCUAUGUCUGACAGUAGCUCCACCCCGGACUCUCCCCCACCCCCACGUCAAGUGCAAACACACAGUGAAACAGAUAUGGAAACAGAUAUACCAAAGUCUCACCCAUCUAAAUGGAAUGUUGUUGAAGUGUAUGAAUUUAUCAAAGUACUUCCAGGAUGUGGACCUUACGCCGAAGAAUUUAGAUCCCAGGAGAUUGACGGUCAAGCCUUAAUGCUUCUAAAAGAAGACCAUUUGAUGACCACUAUGAGCAUGAAGUUGGGACCAGCCUUGAAAAUUUGUGCUAAAAUUAACUCUUUGCGAGAAGGACAUGACUAAAUACAUUUUGCCGAAGGCAGACAUUUUUAUUGGUGCAGUACACGUAAAAGUGUGAUAUUGUAUAUAUGUGUAAUAUUGUUGUGUAUGAUACAAUGUAAUUGAUUGUUAGAAUAGAUUGAAUUUAUUUGGAAUAUAUUGUUUGCUCAUAGUAGUAUGCUUGUAUUAUAAAAUGCAUAUAUAGGAAUGCCUAAAUUAAUUUGGUCCAAAAUUUUAAACUGUGUCAUAUUCUAUCUAAAACACAAUAAUUACAUCUUUUAUGCACAUAUUUAAAUCAAUUAUUCUAUAUACUGCUUGCUUUAGUAUAGCUUUGAUAGAUUGAAUAAAAAAAGAUACUAUUCCAGAUUUUUUUCAGAUUUGCUGUUUUAACGUAACUAUUCUGUUUAAACACAUUUCAAAAUUGGGCAUUAAGGCAUCUGGGCAUCUUCACCACAAACAAAUAUUUUUGGACCAUGCAUGUGGUUAAAAUUCCCCUGAAGCAAAAUCUAUACAAAUCUAGGCCUUAACCUGUCUAAACAGAGAUUUUAAUUAUGAAAUACACAUUGAUGACAUUUGAAUGAAAUCAUCACAAAUAUAAUGUUUAUAUUGUUAUUUUUAACAUUAUGCAUGUAAAAAGAAAUAAUAUAAAAAGUAAAUAAUAAAAUUUUAAGGAAUUUUUAGGACCGAUAUUGAUAUUUACAAAGCUACCUAUAUUUAGUGCUAUGUCCAGUAACAGGCUGUAGAUAUUUUUAUUUCUGUUAAUUAAAUUUUUGAAAAUUAAAUAUUUUAUUCCUAAUUUUGACUUCUUCUAUCUCAUCAGGAAAUUCUCAACUUAUCUUGAUUUUUGCUUCAUCUCUGUUGGUAUAUUUCAAAAAUAUCUCUGCCUUGUUUUUAACUAUAUGUAUCAUGUAUAAUCGUGAAUAAAAAAAACCAAA